CUGAACGCCAUGGCGAACAGAGCCGCAGGUAAAGGCUAUGAGAACGAGGACCAUUACACCAACAUCAAGCUGCACUUCAUUGGCAUUGAGAACAUCCACGUGAUGAGGAGCAGCCAGCAGAAGAUCAUCGACGUGGGUGAGAUGCGCACUCCGUCCAUGACCGACUUCCUGUGGGGGCUGGAGAACUCUGGUUGGCUCAAACACAUUAAAGCCAUUCUGGAUGCUGGAGUCUUCAUUGCAAGG